AAAAAAGUUUUUAAAAUGCCUUUUAUAUAUCUGAUGAGUUCAGUUGCUGCAUGUAGUCGUUGCAUGUGUUCCCUGUAGAAGUGUUUCUGCUUCUCUUCACCUCUGUUGCAUGUGUGUGUUCUGUGUGUGAGACGCCAUCAUGAAGGUUUCUGGACCCUGUAGUGCUGUUACUGUGUUCUGUCUGUGAGGAGUGGACUGAAGCUGUAAGAUUUACUCGUCAUGUUUCUAUUUACUAAAUGAUCUGUUUAACAUGAAUGAGUUUAACGGACCACAGAACACAUCAUCUGAUCACACAUGUAUCAUCUUCAGACUACAUCUUACAGUUCUGAGUUCACUCUGCUAAUAAUGUUCAGCCUCGGGGAUGGGAACCAUUCAAAACACAAUCUAUCUUCACUAUAGACAGUAUCUAUAUAUCUACAGAUAUAGAUAUAUAUACAGUCGAGUAAAACCCCCACACUGGAGGUCAUACUCUUGUGUAGAUGUGGAUGUACUUCCUGGUUGAUGUUUCCAUUAGUCAGCACAAUGAUCCACAGUCGACUCAGUGAAAUGUGUGUUGUUGAUUGUUGGUAUUGAUUCCCAUCCUUCAGCCCAUGUGACCCCUCUGUGUGCAGUCUUCAUCCUCUUCAUCACGUUGUGUUCCCACAGUCAACCUCUCAUUUUGUCUCCUUCUUCUCCUCUACUUCCUGUCUUCCUCCUGAAUGUUUCCGUCUGGUUUCCGUCUCCUUCUUAUAUUUCUUUUGCUGCCACCUCUUUCUGCUGUUCUCAUGUGUACCUUCCUCCUGCCACCUUUCCUUCCUCUCUCCUCCUCCCUUCUCUCCACGCUGCUGUUUCCUCCUCCUCCACCUUUUUGUUGCCGUCUCUCCUCCUCCUCAUCCUCCUCUCCCUCCUGGUGGUAACGGGUGAUCAGCUGGCCCUGCUUCAGUACCGCCUCAGUAUGUCCAGCCAACCCUUCGCCCCACCAGGCUCUGGGGCCCUCCACACCUACCAAGAGCCCUUCAGCCCGACGGAGGAGCACGUCCUGGUGGUGCGUCUCCUGGUCAAACACCUGCACGCCUUCUCCAACAGCCUGAAGCCAGAGACGCUGACCUCCUCCUCACCGUCGGCCCACUCACACACUCACACCAGCCCGCUGGAGGAGUUCAAGAGAGUGGUGGUGCAGCGUUUCGUGCAGCAGAAGCUCUACCUGUUUCUCCAGCAUUGCUUCGGUCACUGGCCUCUGGACGCCUCGUUCAGAGCGGUAAGUCUCAGAGAAAUAGUCUUCAUCAGUGUUCUGCUGUGAAGAGUUGGAGCUCGUGGUGUUUCACAGUGCUCCAUAACAAAACCUUUUCCUAACUGGAUGUCAUUUUGUUCUUUAAAGUGAAGUCAAAGCUUCAUGUGUUAAAGCUGCAUUCUCUCUCGUGUCCA